AUGAGAGUGAACCCAUGUUGUUACUAUCCUUGUCAAAACUUGGGUGUUUGCGUCAGAUACGGCAUUGACAAGUAUGAAUGUGAUUGCACCAGGACAGGAUACUAUGGACAAAAUUGCACAAUCCCCGAGUUCUGGUCUAGAGUCUAUGAGCUUUUAAAACCAGGUCCUGAUGUUGUCCAUUACAUCCUGACUCACUUUUAUUGGCUCUGGGACAUCAUCAACAGAACCUUCCUCCGAGACGUACUGAUGCGUUUGGUUCUGACAGUAAGAUCUGAUCUGAUCCCCAGUCCUCCAACCUACAACUCCAAAUAUGACUACUUGAAUUGGGAAGCAUAUUCAAAUGUUACCUACUACAGUCGUAUCUUACCUCCAGUUCCAAAAGACUGUCCCACACCCAUGGGGACUAAAGGAAAACCUGAACUUCCAGACCCAAAAGUAAUAGUGGAGAAGUUCUUGUUGAGGAGAAAGUUUCGACCAGACCCUCAGGGAACAAAUGUCAUGUUUGCGUUUUUUGCUCAACACUUUACUCACCAGUUCUUCAAAACUCAUAAUCGGGUGGGGCUGGGAUUCACCAAAGCAUUAAACCAUGGGGUGGAUGCUGGAAACAUCUAUGGAGACAACCUUGCACGCCAGCUGAAUCUUAGGCUCCAUAAAGAUGGCAAACUGAAGUACCAGGUGGUGAAUGGAGAGAUGUACCCACCCACUGAAGCCGAGUCCCAAGUGACCAUGCAUUACCCGGCGACUGUCCCUCCAGAGCAGCGCCUGGCCAUCGGGCAGGAGGUUUUUGGUCUUCUCCCUGGCCUUAGCAUGUAUGCUACUUUGUGGCUGCGUGAACAUAAUCGCGUCUGUGACAUCCUGAAAAAAGAGCAUCCAACCUGGGAUGAUGAGCAGCUGUUUCAGACCACUAGACUUAUAAUUAUAGGUGAGACAAUUCGGAUAGUGAUCGAAGACUAUGUCCAGCACCUGAGCGGCUACUAUCUAAAGCUCAAGUUUGACCCUACGUUGCUCUUCCGCUCCCAGUUCCAGUACCAGAACCGCAUCACUGUGGAAUUCAAUCACCUAUACCACUGGCACCCGCUCAUGCCCGACAGCUUCCUCAUCGAUGGAGACGAGAUACCCUAUUCCGAGUUCAUAUUCAACACUUCAAUCCUGACCCAUUAUGGUGUGGAAAAACUGGUUGAUGCUUUUUCACGGCAACAAGCGGGACAGAUAGGUGGUGGUAGAAACAUGCAUGCAGUGGUGACUCGAGUUGCAGAGGGUGUUAUUAAAGAGUCCAGAGAACUGCGCCUGCAGCCUUUUAACGAGUACCGAAAGAGAUUUCAUCUGAAACCAUACAAAUCAUUCUCAGAAUUUACAGGCGAGGAGGAGAUGGCGCGUGAACUGGAAGAACUUUAUGGUGACAUCGAUGCCUUGGAGUUUUAUCCUGCCCUGCUCUUGGAGAAGACACGUGCAAAUGCCAUAUUUGGAGAAAGCAUGGUAGAAAUGGGGGCACCAUUUUCCUUGAAAGGCCUAUUGGGUAAUCCAAUCUGUUCCCCUGUAUACUGGAAGCCCAGUACCUUUGGUGGCCAGACGGGUUUUGACAUUGUCAACUCUGCCUCGUUAAAGAGACUGGUUUGCCUCAAUACGAAGUGGUGUCCUUACGUAGACUUUCAUGUUCCACCAUCGGAUUUUGACCAGGAAAGCAAAGCAAGUGACUCUCGAAAUGAAUUGUAG